AUGUGGCUGGUCUCAGGGCGGGAGGAGAUUAAAGCUGCUUCCCGAAGCUCGCCCCAGCCCAUGUCCCCCUCCGAUUUCCUGGACAAGCUCAUGGGACGAACCUCAGGGUAUGACGCCCGGAUCCGCCCCAACUUCAAAGGUCCACCCGUCAACGUGACAUGCAACAUCUUCAUCAACAGCUUCGGCUCCGUCACCGAGACCACCAUGGACUACCGGGUGAACGUCUUCCUGCGGCAGCAGUGGAACGACCCCCGCCUGGCUUACCGCGAGUACCCCGACGACUCCCUCGACCUCGACCCCUCCAUGCUGGACUCCAUCUGGAAGCCGGACUUGUUCUUCGCCAACGAGAAAGGGGCCAAUUUCCACGAGGUCACCACCGACAACAAGCUGCUGCGCAUCUUCAAGAACGGCAACGUGCUCUACAGCAUCAGGCUGACGCUGAUCCUGUCCUGCCCCAUGGACCUCAAGAACUUCCCCAUGGACAUCCAGACAUGCACCAUGCAGCUGGAGAGCUUUGGCUACACCAUGAAUGACCUCAUCUUCGAGUGGCUGGAGGAGCAGGAGGCUGUGCAACCCUCCUCCCACCUCUCCAAUGCAGCUCCUGGGUGGGGAAUUUCUCCCAGUCUUUUGCUCUCGGCCAGGACCUGUCUCAGGAGCUCUCUGCUGCCCGUCUCUGAUUAA